CUUCCCAAUGUUGCGUCUCACACGUCGAUCUGUUCUUAAUACAGCUAAAUCCUUCCACCCUAAUGCACGUCGUGGCAUGGCCUCGUCCUUCUUUCCAGAUGAGCCAAAGGGUCCAUCUAUGAAGACAAGUGUACCUGGUCCGGCAUCAAAAGCUAUUAUGGACCGUAUGAACAAAUUCCAGGACACGCGAUCCGUGUUCUUUAUCGCUGAUUUCGCAAAAUCCAAGGGAAACUACAUUGUCGAUGCGGAUGGCAAUACUUUGCUGGAUGUAUUUGCUCAGAUUGCUUCUAUUCCUUUGGGCUACAACAGCCCUGCUUUUCUCGAACUCACCAACAAACCCGCCUUCCAGACCGCUCUGGCCAACCGUGCCGCACUUGGGGUCAACCCUACCGAAGACUGGGUUGAUUCGGUCCAGAACGCAUUCAUGAAGGUGGCUCCCAAGGGAAUGUCAAAUGUUUUUACCGUGAUGUGUGGCUCAUGCGCAAACGAGAACGCCUUCAAGACUGCAUUCAUGUACCAAGCAGCCAAAAGACGUGGUGAUAAGGAUUUUUCUCUGGACGAGCUUCAUUCAUGCAUGAAGAAUCAGGCUCCAGGAUCUCCAGAUAUGUCGAUUCUCAGCUUUGGACAGGGAUUCCACGGUCGUUUGUUUGGUUCUCUGGCUGCCACCUCGAGCAAGGCGCUCCACAAGAUCGAUAUUCCAGCCUUUGACUGGCCACGCGCUCCUUUCCCAGCACUCAAAUACCCUCUCGAUCAGAACAAAGAACACAACCGGGCAAUCGAAAAAGCCUCUAUUGAAGCCGUCGAUCUUUUGCUCCAAAACAAGACUCGACCUGUUGCGGCUGUGAUUGUUGAGCCUAUCCAGAGUGAGGGAGGUGACAAUCAUGCAUCGCCCGAGUAUUUCCGCAAUUUACAGGCCGUUUGCAAGGCUCAUGAUGUAUUGUUUAUUGUGGAUGAGGUGCAGACAGGUGUUGGUGCUUCAGGAACUUUCUGGGCGCAUGAAGCCUGGAAUUUACCUACAGCCCCUGACAUGGUGACCUUUUCCAAGAAAUUUCAGGCAGCUGGAUUCUAUCUUCACCCCCGUCUUCGCCCUAGCCAACCUUACCGUCUAUACAACACAUGGAUGGGUGACCCUGUCAGAGCUAUGCAAGCAGUUGCUAUUGUGAAUGAAAUUGAAAACAAGGACCUUCUCUCUAAUGUGAAACAAGUUGGCGACUAUCUUCAAAAGAAGCUCAAGUCGAUGGCCGAUCGUAAAUUACUUUCUGACGUUCGUGGGCAGGGUGCGUUGAUCGCAUUCGAUCUCGAGACACCUGCUAAGCGCGACAAAUUCUUGAUUGAUAUGCGUCAACGCGGUGUGAACAUUGGUGGAUGUGGUGAACGAACCGUUAGAUUGAGACCUAUGUUGACUUUCCAGCCUCAUCACGCUGAUAUUCUUCUUGAUACUAUGGAGGCCACCUUGACAUCGUAACACACGCACACGCACACGCACACACAUAUAUAUAUACUUAUAUAGAAUAAGUAUUUCUAUUUCUAUUUCUAUUUUUAUUUGUUGAUUAUUAUUUCUUUUAGCCAUAUGUAUACACAAGCUUGUUUCUCUUCUUUUACCUAGACAAAAUAUAUAUAUAUAUAAGAAUUUUAACUAUU